AUGAGCUCUAUGGAGGACGGUUUCAGUCUCAUUGCGCCUGCCACCUUCGAUCCGCCCGAGCAAGAAAUAUCUCUGGCAACGACACAUGAACACGAUACAUUGCCCUCGGAUCUGCUUGAUUUGAAUGAUCCGCUGAAAAAUCUACUCGACCUUGAUGCCGAGUCUGCGACACAAGGACUUUUCCAGGAUGGUGAACAGAUAAUUGGUGAUUUCUCGGCUAUGGAAGCCUCAUUCCUCAAUACUGAUGACACAGACCUGUUUGAGAUAUUUGAAGAGUUCAGGAACAAUACCCAACAGGAAUCGCACUGGCUCCGUGGUUUGUGA